AUGCCGGAACCUACCCCGCCAUCCCCUACCUCGCCCAAGUCCCAUUACAGCAAGCAUAUCAUUUUGACAACAUACCCAGGUCAAAGCGGUAUUGACCCUGUGCCAUUGAAAUGGGGUGCUGCAGAUGCCAAAUCUCGUGGUCCUGUUGUGGUAUCUCGCAGCGGUAACCUCGUGAAGCGUCGCAAUGCCAUUGGAGCUCAUGGUGGAAGUUACAGCAUUUACAACGCCCUGGCUGUUGCUUCCGGUGAUCUGGAUGCAAACUUCCGCCCAGACCUUCGCAACAGUCAACCGACCUUUGACUUCCCAUGGCAAAAGGCUUGGGCAGAUAAGACCAAGAUCGUGUCAAUGGACCCGUACGGUCAUGAUAUUGUUAAUCAGUAUAAGGAGGAGCUGGAGGCAGGCUGGGACAUUCGACCCACAAUGGCAGUCACACGAGCUAACAUGAAGCUGGCUGAGAUUGCGGAAGCGGUACGAGAUGGUCUGCUCGAGGUGGACGGCUCUAUCGUUGUCGACUCAUCUGGCGAAGUGCGAGUGACAAAGGUUGCGGUAGAGCCGGUGUGGUAUUUGCCAGGAGUGGCUGAUCGAUUCGGCGUUGAUGAAGGCACUCUCCGUCGUACAUUGUUCGAGCACACGGGUGGCAGUUAUCCCGAGUUGAUCACCCGCCCCGACCUGAAGGUCUUCCUUCCACCAAUUGGCGGUCUUACCGUUUAUAUCUUUGGGCCACCAGAGCGAGUAGCGGAUGAGAAUGUCAAGCUGGCUCUUCGCAUCCACGACGAGUGUAACGGUAGUGAUGUGUUCCAGUCGGAUAUCUGCACAUGUCGACCAUACUUGGCCUUUGGUAUCCGUGAAGCAAUCCGUGAAGCACAGAACGGUGGCAGUGGUGUGGUUAUCUACUUCCGUAAGGAAGGCCGCGCCCUUGGCGAGGUGAUCAAAUACCUUGUAUACAACGCCCGGAAACGAGGUGGAGACACUGCCGAUAAGUACUUUACAAGAACUGAGAACAUUGCCGGAGUGCGGGAUAUGCGAUUCCAAGCCUUGAUGCCAGACAUUCUCCAUUGGCUCGGUGUCAAGAAGAUUGACCGCAUGCUGUCCAUGUCCAACAUGAAACAUGAUGCCAUCGUGGAUUCCGGAAUCAAAAUUCUCGAGCGUAUUCCCAUUCCUGAUGACAUGAUCCCCAGUGAUUCCCGUGUCGAAAUUGACGCCAAGAUCAAUGCCGGAUACUUUACAACCGGUAAACAAAUCUCAAUGGAUGAACUCGCCGAAGUUCGUGGCCGAGGCUGGGAGAAGUGGGAGGAUAUUGAGGUAUGUGGAACCCUUGGAUGA